UUAAAAUACAGCAAGCAUGGCGCUGCCCUAGUGCAGUUCAAAUCUCUCAGCAUGUUAGAUAAUAAUAUUGUUGCCAAUUGUUCAGAAAUGUGUCGUGUUUGAAAUGUCAAUAUUUCGAAGAUAAUCGUUUUGUUAAACCAUGGCUAUUCAGUGCGUGUUAUUUGGCGUAAAGCGUUGUCGCACAUUUAUUUCACCGUAUCGACUGACAAUGAUUCAGUCUUUAAGAGCUUCCGUGUCUACAGCGACUCAGUUCGUUCAAAUCAAUGAUAUCACAAGCAUUUUGAGUCCACUGCGUUCUCACGUGCGCGUGAAAUCAGUCAGGAACGCAUAUACUUUCACCUCCACUGCCGUCGCAAAAGACGUGAUUCUCUUUAAACAUGACCGGACCCGUUUCUUCAGAAUUUUGACCAUUUUUUGUGGUGGUCAGUUUGUAUUCUGGGCAUAUCUGGCUCACUUUGCUUUCACAAGUCUUCGAGACACAAGAAGAAAUAGCGGUGAACCUGCAAAGAUUAGAACUGAGUUAGGGGGGCUUUUCAGUUUUGAUAUGAACCUUGGUUCAAAUGCCUGGAGGUAUGGAUUCACCCUUGGGUGCCUACUCAUUGGUGGAGGAAUUGUCGGAGUGGCAGUAUUGUUCAGCCGUCGUUCUGUCAGUCGUGUGAUUCUGCAUAAGGGAGGUGGAAAUGUGACAGUGUCGACACAGUCACCGCUGGGACCUCUCAGAGCUCACCAUCUAACUGUGCCUUUGACUCAAGUGACCUGUCAUGCACACAGACAGGAGUCACCUUCAUUUAUUCCUCUUAAAGUCAAAGGGUACAAGUUCUACUUUCUUUUGGACAAAGACGGGACACUGAAUAAUCCUAAACUAUUUGAUAUUACUGUUGGGGCCUACAGACCUAUAUAAUAUGUCCUUUAUACCCCUGUGUGCGUCUAUAGUUCACUGUGGAUGUGUCAAAUCUGCUAUUCAUUUCGUUUCUUGUUGCCUUGGAGCACUGAAAUUAGAAGAGGAAUAAAUUGUGUAACUUUACUGUCAAUAAUAAAACUUUUUAUCUGGGA